AUUUAUGGUUAAGCGUCUAAAUUCAGCCGUCUGCAGCUGUCACGUCCCCUCAAAUGCUAAGCCAGCAUUUAUUGCGGGAAAGCAGAGGGACAUUUGCCGUUGGCAAAAGAAUACCAAACGCCCUGAGCAAAUCUCCUCAGAGAUUUGCCAUGAUUCAAAUUUUGAAAAAUCCCCAAGGAUCGGCUCGUAACAAAUCUCAAGGAUCAGCUCGUUAUGAAUGCAUGAUCUCCUUAGAGAUACGUCACAGCUCAAAUCUCAAGGAUCAGCUCGUAACAAAUCCGGGAUCUCCUCAAAGAUCUGCCAUAUUUCAAAUUUUGAAAAUCUCGAGAAAUCAGCUCGUUUAUGAUCCGAGAUCUCUUCAGAGAUUCCCAACUCGAGAAGCCUUUAGAGACAUCUAUAUUGAAGUAGCGAGGGAGAUCGCUCAUGUCGGCCCAUCUGGGUUGGUUGGUUCAGCUCAUUCACUCUCUGCUCACCUCCGCUCUGCUGUAGAGAAUUCAUUAUGCAAGGUCGCCCUUUGCGCGCCUGCUCGGCUAGCUGACUAGCACCGAGCUCGACUGGUUUAACACCAGCUCCUCACGCCUGCUCUGCAAAAAAGCCGGCAUACACUUGCACAUCCGGCCAGGUGCGAUGUAUUCAAGCUGCUCAGGUCGGCCAUGUUUGAGGUCGGUCGCGGCGCAUGAAACGUUACCCCGUAUCUCCACCAAUCAAACCCAGUUCGUCAA